UAAGCUACAGAAUGGCUCCAAGAAUAAGAGUGCCUGCUAAUUUUGGAAGAGAGCACAUCAAUUCGGAAGUGCAUGGAAAUCUUAUACUGAAACUGAAAGAUGGUGGACAAAUAAAAACCAAUUCCAUGAUUAUGUCUAUGAAUAGUCCUGUUAUUGACAACCUUACUACCAACAUGUUUCAGUCUACAUUGGAGGUAGAUGAUUUUGAAAACGAAGCAGUUGAAUGUUUUGUGGACUCUAUGUACACAGGCGAAAUUGAAAAACUGGAGAAACCUAUUUUCGAAGAAGUGAAUAAAAUGGCACAUGCUUUUGAAGUAUCCUGGUUGAGCAAAAGAUGUCUGAGAUUCUAUAGAAGUGAUAUUCUUGAUUUUGACAAAAACAAGGGAAACACCUACGAUGAGAUUCUAUUUGCUUGUGAGAUAGCCAGCAGAGCUCACACCAAUUUAAAUCAAAGCGAAUAUGUCAGCUACUUUGUUAAAACUGCAGUUUCAUGGCAAAUUGGUAAAGGCAUAUUUCUACAAAGAUACAUGGCAGAUUUUGCUCAGCUUUCAAAACGCCAGAUGGACAUGUCUCUUGCUAUCGCAAGAGAUGAUAUGAAUCUAGUUGUCAGCUUCUUGACUUGUCAUUUGAGCAUAAUUCUGAAAUCCAAAGAAUUCGAUGAUAACUCACUGUAUCUUCUUGAGAAACUUGAUGUCCAAAAAUUCUUCAAAGAACAUGCAUCCUAUUUUGACGAGUUGGCAUGCUAUAUUUCUGAAAUUUCGAAGAUCUCAAAUAAUUUUGAUGCCAGAAUUAAGCCAAUAUUGGAAAAGUUCAUCCGUGUUACUGAUGAUGGAACUAGCUCUGGUGAAAAUACUCAACAUGAAAGCUCAGCUUUGGAAUCUGGUUACAUCGGUGAUUCUGAUGAAUGUAGCGAGUCUGACAAUCUUGAUUUCAAAAGUAUGGCCAUUCAAACAGAUACACUUGAUAAAACAGAUUGGAAACUUUUAGAAAACGACACGGCUUUGAAGUUCAUCAUGCCAUUAGCAUCGUGCCAUGUGCCAAUGACAGUAGAGGUAUUAACUACAAAAGAUGUUGCUGGGAAAUCGUUUGUGUUACUGUAUAGCUUUCUUGGAAACAAUGUCGAUGGGAAAUGCGAUUUGAUGCUAAUUUUGAACUGUACGAAGAACAAUGAUUGGAAAUGUGUAUUGAACCACAAUGAUGCAUCCUUACCUUUAGUUCGGCUUUCUAGCAACAUCACGAACAAUCAGGUCAGAUUGUGGAAAAUUACCAAAACUUCUACUACUACUAUAAGGGUAGUUUGCAAUGAUAUUAUUUUCAUGAAUAUUAAUUUUGAGACUAAUUCUUUUGAAGAUUAUCAGAAAAAUAGAGACAUAUUAUCAGGGCAACCUAAAUCAGUAAUCAUUCAGAGUCAAUUCUCAGGUUUUGCUUUUGUGAAGGACUUUUAACAGUUUCUUUCUAAGCGGAAAGCAUCGCAGUACCAUAACGUUUGAUUACCUAUAAUGAUAUAAUCCCAAUCUAAUUUUGUCCCUACUAGACUCUCGUUUUAAUUGUAAUAUGUGUACAAAAUUAAUCAUAUCUUUUAAGUUUAUGUCAUUUUUAGCUAUCAAUUUUGGAUUUAUUCAUCCAAUUCCAUCUGAAGCCAUGCAUUGAUCGUAGAAUGUAGAUGAUGUUUUUAAUUACAAAAAUUGGGGUUAAAUCGAUCAUUUAAUGAUGAAAAUACAUUUCUGUUUAACAUCGUUGUGAGAUCGUUCACAUGAUACUUAAAGUAAAAAGCCAAAUCACGGCCAUUUUAAUAGUGUAGAUAUUAAACUAGCUUACAACCAAACCCCUCCACUAGGUUGGUUUUCGUAGUAUGUGAACGAUUCUUAUCUCAUGAUCAUAUGCUUUCGAUAAAACUUUUGAUAUUGGUUAGAGCAUUAUAAUCGAAAUAACAGUUACACGAUUUAUGAAAGAAGAUUUUUGCUAUAAUUAUGAUACAAUGUUUGACUAAUUGUAUCCUUAACAUUAAUAGAUCAUCAUGUAAAUUUGCUGCAGUUAUCCACAUAUCUAUCAUGGAGGAAUCCCUGACAGUAGAACAGAUCCUAGACGAUCUCUCAAAAGCAAAAGCAGACGAUCCAGUCUUCACAAUCGGAACUAAGAACAACAGUCUAUCAGAUGAGAUCAGAAAGUUUAUCAAACAGCAGACAGAACUACAGGAGUUGAGGGAUAGUGUAGCCAGUGAGUUGAGACGGACUAAGGAGUCGUUACCACAGUUGUUGGAGAAGGAGGCUGAGUUAAAUGCGCUUACGUUUUAGAUUUUAGAACUUACCGAGAUAAUGAUGAGAUGGUUUGUUUAUGUUGAUUUAAAACGUUUGACUUUUUCAUUUGUUUGAGAUCUUCUGAAGUUUGAUAUUUUUCUUAAGUGCUUAUUAUGUAUUUUGUUUGAUUGGAAUUACUAAAUUUAUGUUUUGAAUAAGUUUAUUGAAGAAUUUAUAAUUCAUUGCUGU